AUUCGCAAAAGGCUACAAAUGUGUUUUGGUUUCUGAUAAAUUAUCUUAGGCCGUUUCCAGUGGCUCUGCUGCUUCGUCUUUUUGUGCUCUCCUAUUGACACAAUGAUCUCAUAUUGACGAGUGUCCAAAUUCACGUCAGACACACAAUUGUAAUCUGCUGAAGAUUUUUUUUUUAAUUUAUUUUUCAUAUUAUAACAGUAAUGCAAUAGUGCCACCUCAAGUCUUUCUUGCUGUGCUGGAGACUUUGGAGGUGACGAAACUAAGUCGAAAGUUUGAGGUUGUGUCUUGCGAUUCUGGAAUUUCGUCUUUGGAUUUGGAGUUGUGGGGUUCACUCUCUACGUGGGUUUGUACUCGAAUCUAGUGAAGCUGUUGAUAAGGUUUGAAUUGAGCAAAGCGUUUUGAUUAUUCAAGUAAGUCUUGGAAAUGUCUCUCAAGGCAUUAGACUACGAGUCCCUGAAUGAAAACGUGAAGAAUUGUCAGUAUGCAGUCAGAGGAGAACUCUAUCUCCGUGCUUCUGAGCUUCAGAAAGAAGGCAAAAAGAUUAUUUUCACAAAUGUUGGAAACCCUCAUGCAUUAGGACAGAAGCCUCUGACAUUUCCUCGUCAGGUGGUUGCUCUAUGCCAAGCUCCAUUUCUGCUAGAUAACCCAAAUGUUGGGAUGAUAUUCCCAGCAGAUGCUAUUGCAAGAGCUAAGCAUUAUCUUUCCUUGACUUCUGGUGGUCUUGGUGCUUACAGUGACUCAAGAGGCCUUCCAGGAGUACGAAAGGAAGUAGCUGAGUUCAUUGAACGGCGUGAUGGAUAUCCAAGCGACCCGGAACUUAUAUUUCUAACUGAUGGAGCUAGCAAAGGUGUGAUGCAAAUCUUGAAUUGUAUCAUACGAGAUCAGAAAGACGGAAUUCUAGUUCCAGUUCCACAGUAUCCACUCUACUCAGCUACCAUAUCUCUCUUAGGUGGCACUCUUGUCCCUUACUAUCUUGAAGAGACUGACAACUGGGGACUUGAUGUUAACAACCUUCGCCAAUCUGUUGCUCAGGCUCGCUCUCAAGGAAUAACAGUAAGGGCAAUGGUGAUCAUUAACCCCGGAAACCCAACUGGCCAGUGUCUUAGUGAAGCUAACUUGAGAGAGAUUUUGCGCUUUUGCUGUGAUGAGAGUUUGGUUCUUCUGGGAGACGAGGUUUAUCAGCAAAACAUAUAUCAAGAUGAGCAUCCCUUUAUCAGUUCCAAGAAGGUUUUGAUGGAUAUGGGAGCACCGAUCAGCAAGGAAGUUCAGCUCAUAUCUUUCCACACCGUUUCUAAAGGAUAUUGGGGUGAAUGUGGGCAACGAGGUGGUUACUUUGAGAUGACCAAUAUCCCUCCCCGGACCGCUGAGGAGAUAUACAAGGUUGCAUCCAUAGCUCUGAGUCCCAACGUCUCUGCGCAGAUAUUUAUGGGUUUAAUGGUUAGUCCACCAAAGCCUGGAGACAUUUCUUAUGACCAAUUCGUUCGUGAAAGGUAUGUUUCUACUUUAAAUAUACAUGCUUUGAUGAAGGAUCAAGAUCUCAGAACUUCUAUGGAAAACUUUAUUAACAGCAAAGGAAUACUAGAAUCACUGAGAAGAAGAGCGAGGAUCAUGACCGAUGGAUUCAACAGCUGCAAAAACGUGGUCUGCAAUUUCACGGAAGGUGCUAUGUAUUCGUUUCCUCAGAUAAAGUUGCCAUCGAAAGCAAUCCAAGCAGCGAAACAAGCCGGAAAAGUCCCUGACGUUUUCUACUGCCUUAAGCUCUUAGAAGCCACAGGAAUCUCUACAGUUCCAGGCUCUGGAUUUGGACAGAAAGAAGGGGUGUUUCAUCUGAGGACAACGAUUCUGCCUGCAGAAGAAGAGAUGCCAGAGAUUAUGGGUAGUUUCAAAAAGUUCAACGAUGAGUUCAUGUCUCAGUACGGUGAUAACUUUGGUUACUCGAGAAUGUGAAAGAAACACUUCUUCUUCUUCCCGACAUUAUUAUUGUCUGUUCACACUCUAAAAAAGCUGUAGCCACUGGUCCUACUCUGUAAAACUCUUUUUAUGCUCUUAACCAAACCUCUGUAUCUAUUGGAACAACACAAACACAGUCACAAAAUGAACAUCUCACUAUCAUCUGUGUAAUUAGCCUUUUUGAAUUCCAUUUAUAUGUUUCAAAUAAAAGUAAACUAAUAUUUCUCUA